AUGUCUGCCAAUCUCCUCGCAAAUGGAGGCUUCGAAUCCGGCUCCCUCUCGCCCUGGUUCGCCUCUGCCCCUAGCGUUGCUGUCGUUGAAUCCUCCAAUGCCGAAUACACCCCCUACUCCGGCGACUACUACCUCAACCUCCAAACCGCCGUCGGCAACAGAGGCAACACCGUCUCGCAACGCCUUUCGGGUCUCUCCCCAGGCACAAACUACACCGUCUCUCUGUAA